GCGCGCGAUUCAGCUCCGCUCUGGGAGGCAUAAUGGCGCUCUGAGAGAACUGAUCUAUUAAAUUAUUCUUUCUCCUCUCCAAACCAGUAUUAUACAGGGUUUCCCAAUGUCCGUGGCCAAUGCGAAACAGGCCAUCUUCAACCCGGUAAUUCCUUUCACAGGACUCAUCCCAGGUGGGCUUCAGCCCGGAGAGAUGAUAGUGGUCCAGGGCUGCGUUCACAAUGACGCUGACAGGUUCCAGUUUGACCUGACCUGUGGGAGCAGCACGAAGCCCCGAGCCGACGUCGCUUUCCACUUCAAUCCCCGCUUCAGGAGCUCUCCUUGCAUCGUUUGUAACUCCUUACAGCAAGGUAGCUGGGGCAGAGAGGAGACUCUGGAUCAGAUGCCCUUUAAGCAAGGAGCAUCCUUUGAGACGAUUAUUCUAGUACAGGAAGAUGUGUUCAAGGUGGCGGUAAAUGGAGCUCAUGUCCUGGAGUAUCAGCACAGAAUCCCUCUGCACAGGGUUGAUACGUUCUCCGUAUCAGGAAAAGUUCAAAUACACGCCAUUGGCUACGUCCCAAGCUCAGCAAUAUUUUCAGAAUCAGGUGAUCUGAGUAUACCCUACAGGGGCAGUAUACUUAAAGGGCUGAGUCCUGGACAGCACAUUACAGUCAAGGGCCGCGUCAGCUUAUUUCCUCACAGCUUCUCUGUGAACCUGAGGUGCAGCGAGUCAAAAAACAUCGCCCUACACCUGAACGCACGGAUCAAAUCGGGCACCUUGAUCCGCAACUCUUUCUUGAGCGAGUCUUGGGGACCGGAGGAGAUCGAGCUGUCGUACUUCCCGUUCACAGCUGGGAAAUACUUUGAGAUCAUCAUCCUGUGCCAGAAUCACCAGUUUAAAAUAGCUGUGAAUGGAGAGCAUCUGCUGGAGUUCAGACACCGAGUGCAGGACCUGAGCUCCAUCACCCAGCUGGAGGUCCUCGGAGACCUGGACUUGCAGGACAUUAAGCUCUGGUGACUCUCAGACCAGUAACAGCACACAUGCUCACUUAAGCGCUUUUAAAAAACAAACAAACAGCCAAUUAACGAAUACACAGCUGUGUCACUGACCGAGAACGCCCAAUGCACACCACUGCAUGUGAAGAAAGGGCUGCGUUUCCAAAACAUAUGAGACCUGGAUCCAUAGAACUUUUUCCAUAGCGUAGCAAUUAGCUAAUAGAAUUUUAUAUUAUAGAUAUAAAAAACACACACAAUCAGCGGCUGCUUACUCGCCUUAAUGACAAACGUAUUUAAAAAAAAUCAGGGUACAUUUUACGAGAUGAAACGGUGUGAAAAACAUGCACAGAGGAUUUACUGCUCACUCACGAAGCUGUUAUCUGGAUGAGCGAAGACGUUCUGGAAGGCAGAGUCAGUUAUUUUUAUUUAAAGCUUUAAAGUGACACAGCGGUUCAGAUGAAUCGCUACACUCAACUCCAGAAUUGUUGGCACCCUUCAUAAAAAUGAACAAAAACAGAUCAUAUGACUAACGUGCCUAAAAAAUUAUAUAUAAGCAAGAAGGAUUGUACUUCUAGAAAACAAAAUGUAUGUAGCAGUCUUCAGUGGGUCCAUGGAUUUUGUUCAAUAACUGGAUGCAACACCUCGAAUAAUUGUCAUCAGAAUUAUACAGACAUGGAGCCGAACCGGAGACGAUUGAAAAACAUGAUGCGAACGGACUGCACUCGCGCACAAUAAGAGAUAAUUAUGCAGUUUUACACCCGUCAUGUUUGGUUAAAGUGGAGGACUGUAUAGCAAAGAGUACAAAUGUAUUGUUACGGAGUAACUGGUGUUAUAAUUAAUGUGCUUUAUACUUAUGUAUUUAAUAAAGCAUGUAAUAAACACUA